AAUCGUGUGUGGCUCGCUGACCGGGUGGUAUCGUUACCCGGCUCUUUACCUUUCAUAUCACAAAAAACCUAAUCGGAAAAAAAAGCCUAAUUCCCCCAACUCGGUUCUAACCCCAAAUCUCGAAUCGUGAGUUUCUGCCGUAUCGGAAUUCAUUUAAGGUAGUUUAAGGAAAUGGGUUCUAACAUGGAGCCAGUAGCAGUGACUUCACAGAAGCACGAUCCGGCAUGGAAGCAUUGCCAAAUGUUCAAAAGUGGCGACAGGGUUCAGCUCAAGUGUGUGUACUGCGGGAAGAUUUUCAAGGGCGGAGGUAUUCAUCGCAUUAAGGAACACAUCGCCGGCCAGAAAGGCAACGCCGCCGCUUGUUUGAGGGUUCAGCCCGACGUCCGGCAGCAGAUGCUGGAGAGCCUAAACGGCGUUGCCGUUAAGAAGAGGAAGAAGCAGAAACUCGCCGAGGAUAUCACGGGUUUCGAUAGCCACUGCGGCUUGAGUUCCGAUAUCGUCUUGCUUCCGGUCCCGGAAUCCGUCGAACACGACGAGGACGUGUAUGCGAAUCGGGAUGACGAUUCGAGCAGCAAAGCGUUUGCGGGUGGCGGUAGGCAGAAAAAGGGUAGAGUGAGAAAAGCCCCGAAUAAUAUGGUUAAUUCUAGUAGCAAUGCAGCUUUGGCCGUUGUUCCGUCUACGAAUUCCAAGAAAGUUAGUAAUACGGUUAACAUGGCGGUCGGUCGAUUUCUUUCGGAUGUUGGAUUGGCCGCGGAUUCUGUCGACUCUCCUUAUUUUCAACCAAUGAUCGAUGCGAUUGCUUCUCAGGGUGUAGGAGUUGUGGGGCCCACUUAUCACGAUCUCAGGAACUCGAUCCUAAAGAAUCUAUUUCACGAAGUGAGAUACGAUGUCGAUCAGUACACGGUGUCUUGGGAGCAGACCGGCUGCUCGAUUUUGGUGGACGAAUGGACUUCGAGGAAGGGUAAUAAAACGUUCGUCAACUUUUUCGUGUAUUGUCCGCAAGGUACGAUCUUUUUCAGGUCGGCCGAUAUAUCGCAUUCAAAUUCGAUAGAUUCUGCUGAUGCCAUUUACGAGUUGAUAAAGGAAACCGUGGAGCAAGUUGGUCUGAGAUUCGUCGUGCAAGUUGUGACGAGCGGUGAGGAUCGGUAUGUUGUCGCUGGGAAAAGACUUGCCGACACUUACCCUACUGUUUUCUGGACUCCGUGCGCGGGGCGGUGCAUCGAUUCGAUGCUCGAGGAUAUAGGUGUACUCCCCGCAGUGAAGGCGGUGCUCGAGCGGGCGAAAUCUAUCUCGAGAUAUAUCUACUCGAGCGCCGAUGUACUGAAUAUGACGAGACGGUACACGUCCGGCGUGGAUUUAGUCGAUCUGGGAUUUACUCGCUCGUCUACCGAUUUUACGACGCUGAAAAGGAUUUCGAACAUCAGACAUAAUCUGCAGUCCAUGGUUACUUCCGAGGAGUGGGUGGAAAGCCCUUGUUCGAAGACACCACAAGGGUUUCAAUUCUUGGACUCACUGAGUGACGAGUCGUUCUGGUCCGAAUGCGACUCGGUCACUCGGCUGACUGAUCCGCUCUUGCGGGUUUUGAGGAUAGUUGGUAGCAAAAAAAACCCGGCUAUGGGGUUUGUUUACGCGGGGCUGUAUCGAGCCAAAGAAGCGAUUAAGAAGGAGCUUGUUUCGAAGGCGGAAUACUCCGUGUAUUGGAAUAUUAUAGAUGCUAGGUGGGAACAACUUCGACGGCACCCUCUUCACGCUGCGGGUUUUUAUUUGAACCCGAAAUUCUUUUACAGCCUCGAAGGAGACGCGCAUCUUCAAAUUCGGUCGCUAGUAUAUGAUUGCAUAGAGAAACUGAUUCCCGACCCUAAUGUACAAGACAAGAUUAUCAAGGAAACCGCCUCUUACCAUGGCGGUGUUGGAGACUUUGGCCGCAAGAUGGCUAUCAGAGCCCGAGACACUUUACUACCCACUGAGUGGUGGCUACAAUACGGAGGGGGGUGCCCUAAUUUGGCUCGAUUGGCGAUCCGAAUUCUCAGUCAAACGUGCGGCUUGAUCCAGCACAAGCUAGAUAAAGCACACGUCGAGCGCAUGCACGAGAGGAAAAAUUGCCUGGAGCAUCAGAGGCUCAGCGACCUCGUUUUUGUUCACUACAAUAUGUCCAUGAAGCAAAUGGUUUCGAGAAACAAAGCCGUCGAUCCGAUUUCUUACGAGUACAUUGAUAUUGUUCAAGACUGGGUGAUGGAGAAAGAAUCGUGCGUGGAAAACUCUUCGAGCGCAGAAUGGAUGGCUGUCGAUCCACCUUUCGGUAACCAUAUGAUUUUAGUCCCACAAACUGACGACUUUGAAGCCCUCGGUGCAGGAUUUGAUGAUUAUGAAAUUUUCGACGGGGUGAAAGAUAGUGAAGAAGAAAAUGUAGAGGAUAAGGUAGAGCCGACGAGUUGAUUUUCGAAAAACACCGGCGAUUUCGAUUGAUUUGAGGGCAACGUACGCGAUAAGACGAGCAAGUUUAUUUACUCUUGCUGUAAAUCUUGUGGUGUGGGCAAGUUGUAAUUCUAUAUCAAAGUUAGUUGUUCUGCUCUGCUUGUAAAUUGUCAUGUACUUAUAUUUCUCUUUGUAACAGUGAGAAUUUACUCUUUUACUCUUUCUGAUAAGUUAUUUGACAUUUUAGGAGUUUUAAUUGAUGUAAAUGUUUAUGUAUUUUUAAUGGAAUAAUUACAGUUUUCAUC